AUGGCUGAGAUGAGGAUAAUGAGAAAAAUAGCCAACGUGCUUCAGAAAAUCAAUUCCCCAAUUCAUGAGGUGCCAGAGACUAGAACAGGAAGCCCAGACUCUCCUGCAGAAUCUUCAGCCACUGCAAGAAGCCUGAGGCCUCAUCUUUUUGUACCACAAGGGGACACAUGGAGCCCAGAGUGCAUUCGAGUCCUGCUGGAUGUGUGGGCCUCCCCUGAUAUCCAGGCUAUGAGGGGAGCCAGGAAGCGACGCCGAGUGAUCUAUAGGUCUAUAGCCAAUAGGCUAAACAAAGAGGGUGUGAAGCGAACCUGGGUACAGUGUCGGGACAUGAUGCAGGCCUUGGAAGACUUAUACUAUUAUAUCCAGGAGGCCAACCAGAGAAGGCCGGGUGGACCCAUCCCCUGCCCAUUUCAUGAGGGCUUGGAAAAAGUCCUGCCUUUCUCCCAAGCCUGGCAUGAAGUCCCUGAUGCUGAGCCCAUAGGCUAUGAACCCUCAGGGGCACCCAGUUUGAACCCCAUGCCAGUUUGGACUCCUCCCUGGCUGGGUCAGCUGCUACCUGAGGUCAUCACGUGGAACGGCCCCAUCAUUGAUGAAGGAGAGACUAGUGGGACAGCCAUGAACAGCCUCCAGGAGCCACCACAGCUAAUUUCAAGGACCCCCCAUACUUUUAUCUAUGUCAUAAACCAAAUGGACAACUGGAACAUCCCCCAAAGGACACCUGAGCAGAUUCCAUGGGCCCCAAGUCCUCUCAUCUUUAUGUCAAAUAACUUCACCCAGGAGCCCUUCUUUCAAUAUCCAACACAGAUUAUCCCAUUUCAGUCCAUACAAGUUCCUUCUUUCCUGCAUCAAAGGACUAUUGAGAACAACCCCCAUUUUGAACCCCAAGACUCCCCUUCAGGCAGUGAUGGUUUUGACCUCAUGGAAGAUGAGGAGGCAGGUCAGUGUAUCUCCCCAGAGAGACCCCAGGGAAUUCUCUCCAGGGAUACCCCUUUGAUCAACACGGACAAAGAAGAGCCAGUUGGAAACAGUUCCCAAGACCCAACAGAAUUGACCCCACAGACUGUGCCAACUCUUCAUUCAACCCACAAAGAGGAGAGAGUUGACACCACCCCCCAAGGUCAUGCUCCACAGGAGAUCUCCUACACCCCAAUAUCCUGUAUCCAGAAUCCAAGGACCUAUGAAUACCACCCUCCAAAUCCAUGCUUAAUGAGUCCAUCUCCAUUUCCCUACCCACAUGAACCCCCACAAUUCUUCCCCCCAUCUCUGUAUUUCUUUCCCCACAUGCACAUCCAGAUGCAAUAA